CAGGAGCCUCAACAUACAUAACAUACGAGAGAAAGAGCGCUCCUUUGAAAGAAGUGAAGUUUACACUUUAAAAAGCAAGGCACAUGAUGGAAUUUUUCAACAUGUCCUCACUCUACUGACAACUCUGACAGAAAAUAAACCCUCAAGAAGAUGGCCGCGCAAUUCGGUCCGCCUCUGGUCCUUCGUGGCAAAGUGGCGAUUCUGGGCAAGUCAAAAGUCGGGAAAACCGCCUUCCGAGAAGUGCUCGGCGACGGGAGCUUUCCGAGAUCGUACAACGUCACUCUGGGGCGAGAGACUAUCCUUUGUAAAAAUGUACCCACCUCCUGCACUCAAUGAUUCUUGCCAUGAUGCGAAUCAGAGUCUGCAUGCACAAAAUGUAAAAGUAAAUGUUUUAUAUUUUUGUCACGCACAUCAGUUUUGUAUUUGUUUUCAUCUUGAGGAUUUUAACUUUUGGGUGAGUAUACUUUUUUCAUCAGGAUAAGGAACACGGUGAAGGUCGUUCCGUUUCCGGACCGGAAUAUUCAGGUCGAACUGCACCUGCAGGAGUGUGGCGGGUAUUUUCGUCUGUAGUGCUGCUAAUGUCAACCACAUCGAGGAUUUGCAUGACAGAGGACUCAAGAUGAUACAUGGCGCAUGCAAUUGGAAGGAAAUAAGUAUCUCGACGCUGAUCUACGUCCUGACAAGAAGCUGAAGGCAUGUACCUAGUACUUCUGCUUUGCGAAAUUACUUCUAGUUCUACCACUGGAUUUCACAGAAACAUCGCUGGCGCAACGGAUACACAAACGAACACUGUCGCACACUCGCAAACGGUGGACUCGGUCUGCAAGGGCACAAGUUGCUUUGUCCUGAUGUAUACGCAUUGCAUAUGUGUCUGGGUCGUCUGGAAAGUGCGAGUUGAGAUGCCUGCCUUGUAUUUGAUUUCUUCCGGAAAUAGCUAUAGUUUUCGCUUGAGAGAUAGAAAAGCUAUAGUUUUUCUUUAUCGCUGAGAGAUGCACUUCGUCAGCAUCUAAGAUAAAGAUAUUCGACAGACGCAAGUAGAUUAGAUUAGCGCUUUUCCUCCUACAGAAUCACAACAAUCUCUGCCCUAACCGCUCUGUGCUCUGGAGCCGGCUAAGGGAAAUCAUUUGGGGGGGGAGAGCAGGGAAAAAGGGUCAAUAGCUUUUGGGUUUUUUUUUUAUUAAAAAUCUCGGUCGGGGGGGGGCAAGGGUUUCAGGGUAGGGUAAAGGGUUUAGGGGCAAGGCAACUGGGCGAUGCUGGGUGUAACUUCGUGUUUUCCAGUGUUUCCCGGUGGCGUUUGCGUGCCAUCGCUAAAGCCUCGGCUGCGGCGGUGUUGACAGGAAGGGAGAGCAGAGGAGGCUCUCUUAGGACCUGCCAGCUUUGAGGAGCCUGUUGGACACGAGGAAGGGCAAGCAGAGGCGGCUUGUUUUGGACCUCGUGGCUGCGCGGAGGUUGGUAGGACUAGCACGGAUGAGGAGGUAGUGCAAGUCCCGCCUGAAGCCAAGGACUAAGAGCAUCCCGGUGCAAUUUUUCCGAGGCAACUCCCCAGUCUUGGCUGUUCGACAUCAAAACGGGUGUUUUUUAGUCAAGUUCUGGUGGCAAAUUGUUGAAACACAGCUUGCCUGCCACUUACUCUCAGGAACUCAAUUAGCACGUACAACAGUCACUCGCUCGCCUAAAGAAGCGAGCACCCGGUUGAUUUCUUCCGGAAAAAAAUCAAAAUCUAACCGAAAUCAAACGCGAAGCUUUCUUUGCCAUGCAAAUAAAUCGCAGUUGUUCUUCUAGAAGUUUGUCGUUCUUUUUGUAAUUCCAUCCCGUAUGCGAGCUACAUGUGAGGAAGCGUUUUCCCAUGCUUAGGCGCACUUGAAAGUGUUUCACUCAUCCAAGAAUCAACAAAUUUCCAGACCCAGAUCGAUAUUUGCAGUGGAUAACGUACGACGUCUCCGAUCCGGAUAGUUUGAGGGAACUUCAUAUCAAAGGUAAAUGUGUCUGGGUCUGCGUCUGGUGGAGCAGUGCAGAUGAAGUACUUAGAAAGAUGUUUGCCUUGCAGAGCAGUUUGCAGCCCCACAAUUUCUUGCUUACAAAAAGUCUCAGCAUUUGCAUCACAGAUUUCGUGAGCAGGGUGUAUUGAGGGUUUCUUUCGCUCCUGCUCACGCAGCAAGGAUUUUUGUAUGUCCCGCUGGAUGCAUGAGCUUCUUCCGAAAGGCAGAGCCAGACGUGCUUGCAAUGCAUUCCUGAUCAGUUCCUUCCCUCCAUCGACAAGGCCGUCGAGGGCCAAAUACCCUGCUGUAUCUGCCUCGUCGCGAACAAGAACGACUCGUCUACCUGCAGGCGAGUUUCAGAGGAGGACCAGAGUGAUUUUAUGCGCAACCGCCCGGACUUGCAGCUGAUCCCCUUCUAUGCACUGCAAAAGUAAUAUGAUAUCGUACGACUUCCUCUUGUUUGCAUCACGAGAAUUUCUACGUCAGUGAGAAAAGCGGAUCAUAAAUUUUUUUGAAAUGCUGGAGCAGGAUGAAGGCGUCUGAGUCUGACAGUAGCUUUGAUUUUGUAUUGCUGUUCUGCAGUUCCAAGUUGCAGUACGAUGCUUUUGCACCGGAUACGUUCGGAAUCUCCGCCAUGGAUAACAGUGGUCUGGCGGUAGCGAGCGUAAACAUGUCUGGGUCUGAAAGAUUGCAGGAAUUGUCAGUCUUACCACUUCGUCUCACAGACACCCACACCUUAUCUUAAGCUUCACUCUCAAUGAUGCGCCAUGAUCGAUGUGCUCCAACAUGAAAAAAAAUAGGUCCUUCUGCGUGUGAUGCAAAGACGAAGUCGCAUUAUCAUGAAAUAACUUUCUCGUCAUGCUUGAAGAUGACUAUGGAUAUGGUACUAGUGCGUUCAUCAACAUUCACGAGAUUUGCGCACCACGACUUCCUUGCAGCCCCAGACCUGCUUUUGCGAUGCAUAAGCAGACGUCUGCGACCAUUUAGCCUUGCACAUUGCGCAGACGUACGAGCAACGACUGGGGGAGUUGCGGAGUUAUGUGGAGCAAUCCUACUAUGGCAAUGGGAAAUCCUUUUUUCAAAAAAACUUUUUUUUUUCGCUACAUAUGAUUUUACGGCACUUCAUACGUACACAAGCCGGCACGCGCAGAACAGAUCUGCAUAGGCGUAGAGAUGCCGCCUAGAACUUAGCUAGCUACCCGGAAGGCAGGAGAGAGGUGGCCUCAGGAGCAGCCGCGGCCAUGGAUUCAGUCCUUGGCGGUGUGGCCUCAAGGUACGUGACACGCGAGGCCUCUGCCGCGGCUUUGGUGUAUGGGCAGGGGUUUCAGGGUAAGUCAGCGACAUUCUGACUGGUUCGCCUAGAAGCGACAGUUUGAAACGCGGACGGCCUCGAGGCAUGGCCCGCCCUAGCUUUGGAAGCGCCCCCCGCGGCAAAUACAGGAUAGGCUGACACCUUCGGCGCCCUUGAAUUUAUUCCCGGCCAGGCAGUGCAAGUCUCCGCCUUGCCCGGAUUCGCGCUGUGGCUGUUCAAGAACUAUCUUAUGAAAAUCUGCAAACUUGCGCAAACGAAAAGCGGGGUCGGCCCCCCCCCCCCUUGAGGGGGGGGGUUUGGGGGACCCCCUUUCGUGGAGAUAUCAAGGGGGAGUAGCUCUCUGAAGAGGCCCCAAAGGAGGGGGGGUUUGGGGGACCCCUCGGGGGCACCCCAAGAGGAUAUCGCUUUGCAGCCCAGGAGGGAACUCUGCUGGCCUCCGUGCAAAACAGCCGGCGCGAAGAAAUGCCCCCGGAGAUCCAAGGCCGGAAGAGCGCCGCGGCCGCGGCAUCAAUUUCACCGGCAAUGCCGCGCAUGGCUUUGAAUAUACUCAAAGGCUACGCGCGGGCGCCUGUUUCGCCUGUUGGGGCGUGGGCCUAUUGUUGGCUCCAGCCCGCAGCACCUCGCUCUGGCUUUGGGGUGGCCGCGUAUUGCUGUCAUUAAGCCGGCAGCUUUGCAGGGGCUGGCUGCUCGACAUCUACGCCGGCCAUGACGGACCCAAAGCCGUGACGCAGUGCGCCACCAAUGCGGCCAUCUUUCUGCCUUCAGGCUACCGAGCUCAGAACACCGUGGCGGGCGUUGUUGCUACGCAAUUGAUUUCCGCCGCCAACAAGCUAUCUCCUAACCGCGGUGGGUGACCCAUAUGUAGCAAAAAAAAAAAGUUUUUCGGAAAAAAGUAUUUCCCACUGCCAUACCUACGCGUACUGAGACGUACGAGCAACGACUGGGGGAGUUGCGGAGUUAUGUGGAGCAAUCCUACGCGUACUGAG